AUCGUGUCCCGGCCCGGCCUCGGGGAGCCCCGGUUCAUCUCUGUCGGCUACGUGGACGACACGCAGUUCGAACGCUUCGACAGCGACGCGGAGACUGCGAGAUAUGAGCCGCGGGCGCCGUGGGUGGAGCGGGAGCCGGAGUAUUGGGAGGAGCAGACACGGAGAGCCAAGAAUGCCGAGCAGAUUUUCCGAGAGAACCUGAGGAUCCUGCUCGGCUACUACAACCAGAGCGAGGGCGGCUCUCACACCAUCCAGGUCAUGUACGGCUGUGAUGUGGGGUCGGACGGGCGCCUCCUCCGCGGGUACAGUCAGGACGCCUACGACGGCCGCGAUUACAUCGCCCUGAACGACGACCUGACGACGUGGACGGCGUUGGACACGGCGGCGCAGAUCACCCGGCGCAAGUGGGAGCAGGCUGGUGUUGCAGAGAUACGGAGGGCCUACCUAGAGGGCGAGUGCGUGGAGUCGCUGAGCAGAUACCUGGAGAUCUGGAAGGACGCGCUGCAGCGCACAGGUGCAGGGCCGCGGGCAGCUCCUCCCUCUGCCCUCGGGCUGGGCUCAGUCCUGGGGAAGAAGAAACCCCUCAGCUGGGGUCAUGCCCCUGUCUCAGGGCAGACAGUGUCCCUGGGUCUCCUGAUCCAGCAUGGCAGGGACCACACUGAUCCCCAGGCUCAGCCUUCUCCCUGGACAGCUGCAAAUCUGUCUCAGAGGAGGGAGAGGAGACCCCGACCUAACCACAGUGGCUCCUGCAGUCUGCAGCCGCUGUCAGCCAUGGUCUCUCCAGGUCGGGGUCUCUGCCCACACCAGGGUCUGUGGAAACUGAGUCCUGUCAUCUGAGUGUGUCAGCCUUAC